AUGGAUGUCCCAAAGGUGGAGGUGGAUUCAGGGGUGGAGUCUGUCCAGCUGCCCUGUAAAGCCACACUUCACCUGCCUGAAGACGUCACAGUGGAGUGGACGGACAGAAAAAACAGGAAGGUCCACGUGUAUGAGGAUGACUCUGAUCAGCCUGAAGAACAGCACCAGGUUUACAGAGACCGAACGAAGAUGAAUGAAGACCUGCUGAAAACUGGAGACCUCAGUCUGACCCUGAAUCACCCCACAGAAGAAGACACAGACACCUACACCUGCACCGCCUACAGCAGGAGGGGAAGAGUCCUGAUGAAGGAAAGAGUGCAGCUCUAUGUCGGAGUCCCCCAGGUGGAGGUGGACUCAGGGGUGGAGUCAGUCCUGCUGCUUUGCAAAGCCACAGUUCACCUGCCCAAAGAUGCUAAAGUGGAGUGGAAGGAUGAUUACUACUAUGAUGAUUACUACUAUGAUGAUUACUACUAUGAUGAUUACUACAAGAGGAAGGUCCACGUGUAUGAGAACAGCUCUGACCAGCCUCACAAACAGGACCAGGUUUACAGAGACCGAACGACAGUGAAAAGAAACCUGCUGAAAACUGGAGACCUCAGUCUGACCCUGAAAUACCCCACAGAUGGAGACAACCACACCUACACCUGCACUGUCUACAGCAGGUGGAAGAGGAUUCUGAUGGAGAAACAAGUGACGCUGAAGGUCAGAGAGUCUGAUGGAUUUGAUGAGACCAUGAGAGCGGCUUCAGUUCCUCAUCAGAAAGAGUCUGACAGAAGCUCCUCCCUCUAUACCCCAGUAGACUUCUAUUAG